AUGUCCAAUACUGAUCCUGAAGUAAAUGUUGCAGCAAUUCCUCCGCAAAAUGCAUCAGAGAAGCCAAUGAGCAAGCCACCUCCACCAUUUCCUCAGCGAUUUCAAAAGCAGCAGGAAGAGAGACAAUUUCGAGGAUUUUUGGAUGUUUCGAAGCAACUCCACAUCAACAUACCUAUGGUGGAAGCUUUGGAAGAAAUGCCUAACUAUGUGAAGUUCUUGAAGGAUAUUUUGACAAAGAAGAGGAGGAUUGGAGAAUUUGAAAUGGUUGCUUUGACUGAGGGUUGUAGUGCUAUUUUGAAGAAUAAAAUUCCUCCAAAGUUAAAGGAUCCGGGCAGUUUCAAAAUUCCAAUUUCUAUUGGGGGGCGAGAAGUUGGUAAAGCUCUUUGUGAUUUGGGAGCUAGUAUUAAUUCGAUGCCCAUGUCCAUUUGUAAGAACUUGGUAAUUGGAGAAAUAAGGCCAACUACACUCACCUUGCAAUUAGCUGACCGUUCUAUGGUGCAUCCAGAGGGAAAGAUUGAAGACGUCCUAGUAUAA